AUGACGGGAGUUGUAGUGCCGGCCCCAAUGGGGCUCUAUGCGGCCGCAGAGCAUGAUGGGAGUUCACAGCACAAAUUCCAGCUCGGAGGAGGCUUCCCCAGAGAGGGCUCCGGCUCCUGCUCCAGCCUGAGUGUCCCAGCAGAGCAACAGGGCAUCGCUCAGGCUCAGGGGCUGCCCCGGGGAGCACGGGGCUGGGCGCGGGGGCGAGCGGGCAACGGACAAACGGACACGGGGACAAACGGCCCCGGAGCUUCAGUUGCUUCAGUUGCAGCAGCAGCAGCAGCAGUGAAAGCAGCGAAAGAAGCGGCAUUGUCAAGUCCCUCUUGCUCCUCCUCUCCCUCUCUUGCUGUCCCGCAGCCUCUCCCGCUCUCCCUUUCCCGCUGUCCCCUCCUCUCCCGGUCUCCCUCUCCCCUGCCGGGCCGGGCCAUGCCCCUGACCCGCCCCCGGCCUCGGGCGGGGCUGCCCCAUCCCCGUCCCCGUCCCCGGCCGUCCCGCCGCGGUCUCGCCUCCGCCCGGCUCUGGCCGUGCUGGCGCUGGCGCUGCUGGGCGGGCAUCAGUGCCUGGGGCUGGGGCGGCAUCGCCGCCCUUUGGCUCCGCCUGGCCCGAGCCCGGCCCCGGCCCCGACGUGGGCUCCAGUCCCGGCCCCGGCCCCGGCUCCUCCCGGGCCCCGCGGAGGACACAGGCGGCGCGGCCGCUGCCGCCGCCUCCGCUGCGGCUUCCCCGGCCCGAGCUCCGCCGCUCGGCAGCGCGGCCGCCGGCCCCGAGCCGCCGCUGUCCCGUUGCCAGCAGAGAACGCCUGGGGAUGGCCGGCCCGGGGCGCUCGGGGGGCGCUCGGGGGCCGCUCCUGGCCCCGGGCCGAGCGCUGACAGCCGCGUCCCGCCCGCAGGGAAGGCGCAGGAGGCCCUGCAGGAGCGGUACCGGCUGGGUUCGCUGCUGGGCAGCGGCGGCUUCGGCAGCGUCUUCGCGGCCACGCGGCUCUCGGACGGCGCCCCGGUGGCCAUCAAAAGGGUGCCGCGGGAUCGCAUCCGGCACUGGGGCGAGCUGCCCGACGGCACCAGCGCACCCCUGGAGGUCGUGCUGCUGGACAAGGUGGCCUCUGGCUGCGCUGGUGUCAUUCAGCUCCUGGAGUGGCUCGAGCUCCCCGACAGCUUCUUGCUGGUGCUGGAGCGCCCGGAGCGGUGCCAGGACCUGUCGGCUUUCCUGGCGGAGCGGAGGUUCCUGCCGGAGGAGGAGGCGCGGGGGCUGUUCCGCCAGGUGCUGGAGGCCGUGCGGCACUGCACCAGCUGCGGGGUCCUGCACAGGGACAUCAAGCCCCAGAACAUCCUGCUCGACCUGGCCACGGGGCGGGUGAAACUGAUAGACUUUGGCUGUGGCGCCUUCCUCCAAGACACAGCCUACACCCAGUUUGCAGGAACCCUGUCCUACAGCCCACCAGAGUGGAUCCACCACCGACGCUACCACGGCGAGGCAGCGACCAUCUGGUCCCUGGGCCUCCUGCUGUGCCACCUGGUCAUGGGCAAGCACCCGUUCAGGAGGGGCCAGGAGAUCAUCUGGGGGCGGAUCUUGUUCCCACGACGGCUCUCUCAAGAGUGCCAGGAUGUCAUUAAGAGGUGUUUGUCCAUGCAGCCUUUGGACAGGCCGUCCUUUGAAGAGCUUUUCCGUGAUCCUUGGGUGCAGGGUGUUCCUCUGCCCUAGAGGAUGGGAGAGAUCCACGUGCACAGUUGGAUCCAGGGGCCUGGCAGGGAAGGAGAAGGAGCCCCUGGAGAAGCUGUACCAGGUGGGGCUGCUGCUGCUGGAGACACCAAGGACAACCUCAAGGAUGACAAUCUCUUCCUCGGCCUGGCCAGCUGAAGAUGAUGGACUUGGAUUCUGACACCUUCUCCAAAGCCAGGCUCCACAGGGAAUUUGCAGAUGAGUCCACACACAGGGGGAUGCUCCCAGAUUUGGGCAUUGCUCAGCCUGGCCGGGAACCAAAGGUUCCCCCUUUGCUGGGGCGGAUGCAGCUGAUCCUUCAGUCGGCUGCCAGGCUGCUUUUGGCAGGGCUGGGGGCAUGGGCUGGGGUGGGUACGAAAUGGGAGUGGGCUCCUGGCCCUGCCAACAGCCCCCAGCACCCACCGUGCCCCGGGCUGGGGCUGGGGCUGGGGCAGCCAGCCCGACACAAACAAACCCCCAUGGUGGGAGCAGAGGUGGGACUCCAGAACCUGUGCAGGGGCUGCUUUGCUUUGCAGGCAAGGAAGGGCUUGG